CUAAAAUAAAGUAACCAGCACGUGGUUCACUCCCUCGCCUAACUUCAUAGUACACCGCCUUCCUAAAGCGUCAACCAAUCGGACCCCUCAAAAUGUCGCCGUCGACCUUGCAAGCACUAGUCUCCGGUGUCCCUCCGGCGAUCAAAGCUUCAAAUGGGCCGCAAUCGAAAGAUUCAAAAUUCAUAAUGAUCAAAAGACAAGCACCUUUUCUUCUCCAGGUGAAAGAGAAACCAUUGUUGGCACAAACACGAAGCCUCACGGCCAAAUCCAGACGGGAAAUGAUGCAACUAACAGCUGCAUCUGUAAGUCUUCUCUCUCUUCUCCUGCCGCCAUCUGCAGAGGCACGACCAAGAAAUGCCACUAUAAAGCAGAAGAUCAUGGAAAAAUUCGAGGAGCUUAGGCAGAAGGCUGGUUUGUCCAAGCUGGAAGCUAAAAAGGAGGAAAACAAAGCAAACACAACGCCAGAAAACGGUGAUGAAGAGAAAAAAGUUCCAAAAGCAGAGACAUUCAUUCCUGCACUUCCAAAUAUCAUCAAUGGCAAAACUGUGGAGUCCACUUUGCCUUAACAUCUACACAUUGUAUUGUACUUUCUUGUUUGCCCAGUUAUCUUUAUGUGAGCCUGAUUUGGGAGAGAACAUAAUGUGGUGUUUUCAAUAAAUAUUUGUGUCCAUGUGUGUCUGGGUCAUUCAUUUGCUGUUUUCUGGUCUGGAUUUGAUAGGUAAUAAAAGAUUUCAAAUUGAUCCAAUGCAAAA